AUACAUACACCUUACUCUUCAUGGCUUCCAAAUCCGACUCUACAAGGCCAUCGGCCCGUCGGGCAUCUUCUCAUCCAAAGUCUUCUAGACAGCAGUUUAGUGCAUGCGGAGCCUGUCGGAUGCGAAGAGUGCGCUGUGAUCUUAAAGACCUUCAAGCCGCGAAUCCCUCAGCGGGUUACUCGGUCUGUUCCAACUGUCAAGAGCGAGGUCUCCGAUGCGUAGACGAAUUUGCGGAAGUAAAAGCUGUCAAACUCUUACGGCGUGGUCGCCGAUUGCAGCAAGUCGAAGCUGUGUAUGGCAAACCUGUCAUUGAUGAUGAGCGACGGUUUAUGUCAUUGGCUACCGGCGUACCCCAAUCAAGCUUAAUUCCAAGGCUCCGUCCUGAAUUUCUUUCGUCCUCGUUCUUUCAAGCGUUCCUCACCCAACGCCCGAUCAUCGACCCCCUCGAAUUUUCCUGGCGGUUGUGCGAGGCACACAAUGGCAAUCCGAACGCCCUGGGUAACACAGGCCAAUUACUUUGUAUGGUCCUUGCAGCUUGGGCAGCAAGCUUUGGUGUCAAUGAGGCGGGUGACUCCGAACCUCACACUGGUGCCCAAGCCGUGCGAGUAAGGAAAGAACGCACUAAUCUAAUGGUCCGAGAACUCUUGCAACUAAUCGACGCACACGGCCUGCUGAGGAAGCCUACAUGGGAUGGAGUGCGCGUCUUAUUGCUCGUUAUGCCCCUGACGGAGGACGUGCAGCCGCCAAUGGAAAGACUAGCCAUGUACGAAGCGGCAAUCAACCAGGUGUAUACUUUGUGCAGUCUGGCAUCCGUAACCUCCGUCAACAGCGGUCAAGGCGAGUACGUAGACGCCGUCGUACGGGCGCGUAUUUUUUGGUAUGCACAUGUUCAUGAAGGUGUCACCACUGGCCUCCGAGGAGGCCGCUUAUUAUUAGCGGAAGACGACCUCAGCGCCUUCCAGGCAACGCUUCCGCCCGUCAAUACACAUGCACCCCAGGCCGCCCUGAGCUUCGCAUUUGCGCUUCGCUAUGCGAGAAUUCCCCUGCACCUUUCAGGAAUCUGUCGGAAAGUGCAUGCUUCCCUGACUGGGCCGAAGGCGCGUCAGGCGAAUGAAGUUGACGCAACAAGCCUAUAUGAUGCAUGGGAAUCACUCAGCGGUGCUUGGGAUGACCUUGAGGCAUUGCGGCAUCAUGGAACCGGAGAUUUCCUCCAACCACAAGAAGUGGACAGGUUCGUGAACGGAUGGCAGAUCUUAAUAUUUGAGUGCUUCAAUGUCAUUCGGGAGGCCCUGAAGCAACGUCUAGUAGAUUGCUGCAAAUCCGGUGAAACCGCCGUUUUCCCUGACGGAAGUGUCAUUCGAUCCCCCAGAAUGACUCAGGUCACACAACUGCAUUCACUAGCUGAGAACAAAUGCCAACAUUUCGCACACCUUGUAAUCAACAUUGCCCGCAGGCAUAUUGGUAGCUCGUUCUUUGAAUAUGAUGCAUCACUAGUACGCGACGGUUGCUUCCUUGCAGGUGUUCUGCUCGCGGGAGACUCCGGGACUGAAGAGGAACUAAAUACGUGCCUUCAAGCUCUUCGGGAUAUGCGGUGGGCAUUUUCGAAGAGUGACGAGCGCGAGCAUACACUCAAGAUGGUCUGGGAACAACGACUGACCGCGGAUACUUUAAGAAGAGAAGACGGCGAGCUUCGUCGAAGUAAUCCUUCUCAACACGACUCGUCCUCGGGGCCUUCUCCAUUCACUAGCUCGAACUCGACUCCAGAAAGCCGCUUGCGCCAUCCACCACCGCCUUUACUGAUCGCACACGCGUCGGGCACGUUGCACGAUUCUGCGCCAAACACUGCCGUUACUGACGAUGGCUGGAUGUCGAAUCUCUCUUACGGCACGAGCUCGCACCGCUCAUCAUCUGGCUCGCCUCCAUUCGUUGCUGCUGUUCAGAAGACGGAAACGAUUGAACCGGCUUUGAUGCCCAUUUUCUAUCCACAAGCAAUGACAGAUAUGGACACGUUUGCAUACUCGGUCGUUCCAAGUGCAUCCGUGUCACCGCCUCGGUCACCACACGAUUUCACACCGCCACGGUCGUCGACUGGUAUGUCAACGUCGUCGGUCACCUACCCGGAGAACACAUACUUUGAUUCGACUACUGGGACGACCCAAUUGUUCACCAUCUCGUCGCCUGGAUCGGCCCGCGGAGCCGUUGAUGGGACUGUUAGUGGCUCUUUGCCAUCCGACAAGGGUGGCUCAUAUCCUGUCAAUUACAACGCUAGUCAGUUCUACGUUACCCCAUGACAUUGAGCCAAUAGCUCGCAAUGGACCCCACUUUCCCCGAACAGACAUUUUGGACUUCUUUCCAUGCUUUAUCAGACAAUUAUGGCUUAGACAUUCACACACAUUUUUUUGCUUCUCGUGAUCAACUGUUAUCCCUUACACUUUAAUAGUCUUGUAUUCACAAUUGCUCUGUCAUUGCGACCCGACCCGUUUCUUGUACGAGCUUAAUUAUCACGUACGGGCGUGAGUAUCAUCAUAAUUAUCCCCUUCCAUUA